AACUUUUCAGGAACGUAAACAAACUACCAGCAGACCAUGCUGUCAUUCACUAAAACACGUUGUAUUUAUUCACAGUUAUGCCACCUUGCGAACACACAGCUUAACAUGGUGACAGCGCAGAGGGCCAGGAGCCUCUCUAACCAGGUCAGGGCCAUGUCUCACGUUACGGGGAUUCGUCCGUUUAAUAAACACACUCUGCAUCCCGUCUGUCAUCUUCCUAACAAGUGUUUUGAGAGGUGGAGGAAAAACAUCCACCUGACAUCACCCAGGCAGGAGAAACCUACCCCUGUGCAGUUAAGUGAGCUGUCUGAAGCGGCGUAUGAGAAGCUGGCCGAUGAGACACUGGAUGCUCUGGCUGAUUAUUUUGAAGACCUGACAGAUGAAGCUUUCACUGGAUCAGACUACGAUGUUGUCUUCUCUAGCGGUGUGUUGACAGUGAAGGUGGGUGGGGACCACGGCACCUACGUCAUCAACAAACAGACUCCGAACAGACAGAUCUGGCUUUCUUCUCCCACCAGCGGACCCAAGCGCUACGACUGGACAGGUGAACGCUGGGUGUACACUCAUGACGGUGUGAGCCUCCACCAGCUGCUUUCUGAAGAGUUUUCCAUCAUCUUCAACAAAAACAUGGACCUCUUUGAUCUACCCUAUUCAUGAGAACUAAUGGCCUACCUACUGUGUGACUGCUGUGACUCGUGAAACAAUUGUUAAAUCAUCUGGGAGCCAAAGACACAGAGUAUAUAUGUACAACUCCACAAUAACUUCAAUGUUAGCCUUUAGAAGAGCAGUUGUCUUUAAUGUCUCUGAUUUAUAUAUGUGAGUUGUUCCAUUGUUGUCUGUCUCUCUCUAAUAAUAUAUUUUACAUUUGUAUUUCAUAGUAUCGUAUAUAAAGGCACAUUCUCAUUAAAUAUCUGAAAAACCCAUAGAUGUCAAUGGGGAAUUCAGCCACAUUCAGUCUCCAUAGAAACGCCUGCAUGUCCUUAGUGUCUCACACUGUCCAAUCAAUGAACACACUGUUUCCAUUGCAGUCAGCAUUUUCACAAUCUAGUGACAGUGUUGCCAACAGCUGACUUGUUCUGAACGACACCUUACCCCAACAACAUGUGCGUUUCUGAAAACAAGGGAUAUUCUAAUGUUUCACAGCACUGGCAGCCUGUAAGAUAUUAAACUGUAUUUCCCCAUUUUGUUCUCAUUUUGUUUGGUUUGUAAGGGACCAUGCACAACAUGAAACAUAAAUGUUACCAUUUGAUGUACUGCACCAGUGUUAACUUAGAGUUCAAUUUCAUCUUCCCUUGGCAGGUCACACAUAAAACAUUCUCAGCGACUGAAAAGCCUUAAACAAAGAUUCAUAUAAUUCAAAGCUACACACACAUCAUGGCAGCAACAGGUGUGUGUAAGAACUAAAACUCUUUAUGUCAUCUGGUCAGAUGUUCCACAAAGUUGCUGCUGUCAGACUCAAGAGGAUUAAUGACUGUUCGUCCGGCCUGCCCCCAACAUGUAAUACAACACAACACAUGCAAAUGUGGAAUAGCCUGCAUGCAUAUUAGCUGCUGGGCCUUUCAUUAACCGAUCCAGGUGAUAUUUGGUGUUCAUUAUUUUUCAUCUUUUUUUCUUAAACCUUAACUUAUCCUUCCAAUUUGAAUGAAAAUGACCUUUAGAAUUCAUUCUUUGUUGUGAUUGCUUGCCUUUAGGAUUUCUGUGAGUUAAUCAUAAAUUGUCAUUUGCUGAAGGGGGUCUGUACACACCAUUAACACAUGGCAUUUGUUCAGAUAAGGUUAUUUUAAACUCAACAUAUUCUACAGUUUUGACUGCUUUGAACACAAGUUCACUCUUAAUGCCGUUAUUCACAUGCAUCAGCUACUACACAUAACACAGCUUAUUUAGUACCUUCAUCGUAUUGACAGGCCGCUGUGUUACUCACAUGAGUAGUCAAAGACCUGGUUGUCAGCAAAUUCAUUUCUCACCUAAAGAGCUCAAGUGCAUCGUCUAAUAAGGCGAUUAUUAAACUGGGUAGUCACACGGAUGCUCAGAGAGGGUUGAGGGCCACCGAUCACACAGGUGUAGUCAUUCAUAGUCUGUCAGGGCUCAGCGCUGAGGACCAGUUCGAACAAUGAAACUCA